UUCCCAUGAUGCUUCAUCCAACAUGGCUGCGCCCCUGCAUCAGACAUUUGCUGUGCCACCAGGACCAGCAGAUUUAGAGGGCAGCAUUGGAGUGUGUUCUGACCCCAACGUCCUCCCCUACAAGGAGAAUCUGGAGAGGCUGCUGGAUGACAAACACUUCAAGGAUGAGAUCGUUCACUUCAACAUCUCAGAGGAGCAGGCCGUGGUGGACGCCUCGCACAGGGCACAGCUUGUCCCACUGCUUAUGAGGGUUCUGUUUGGGCCGAUGUGCAGUAAGACUGGCAGUAGGUUCCAGGGCCAGUCUGGCGCUGUGCAGCGUUCCUCCAUUGUGCUGAGGUUUCUGGCAGGAUGCCAGUCUGAGGAGCUGAGCAUGUUCAUUGACCUCCUGCUGGAGCCCGUCUGCCACCACAGAAAUGACAGAAAUUUGUCUGUAUCAAAUUCAUUGAAUGAUCCUUCUUUUUGCUGUCAGUCCAUCACCAUCCUAAUAAAGAACAUGAAGACACACACGAUAACUGUGACGCAGCUGCAAGUGCUGCUGGGAUACGUUGAGGAGGACAUUUAUGACCAAUCACGUCAGGCAACAACCUUCGGCCUGCUAAAGGCCAUCCUGUCCAGGAAGCUGGUAGUACCAUCUCUGGUAGGAGCUGAUGAAGAAAGUGGCCAAGCUGUCUGUUGCCGGGCAGAACGGCAUGAUCAGGGUCCAGUGCAGACAUAUUUACCAGAAGUAUAUCCUGGAUUAUCCUAUGGGGAAGAAACUGAGAUCACAUCUGGACUUCAUCGUGACCCAGCUCCGAUUGAGGAGGAGCAGAAGGCAGCAGACAGACUGCUGUUCAGUUACCUCACCCUGGUCACCAAACUCACCAAGGACUGUAGCCUACUGGAGCUCAGCAAGCCUCAAGACACACUCACUAACAUCCUGGACCCCACCCUGAAAAACCUGUCCCAGGAGCUGUUGAAGAAGCAGGUGGGGCUGCAGACCUUCUCAGCCGUUCAGAAGAUGCCUCAGAGGGCGGCCCACCGCAAGAAACACAAGGCUAUGCAGGCGGUGGUUAACCCUGACAUCGCAGCCAGGAAGAAACACAAAAACAAGAUCGAGGCCAAGAAGAAGAAGAUUGAGUUCCUGAGGCCUGGCUACAAAGCCAAGUCCUUGAGGGAGUUCCUCUAUGGUGAAAUGAUAUUAUCCAUUUUCUAGCUAGGAUGGAUGAGAAGACCAGGCAACCAUAUCCUGCUUAAUGCAGGAGCUGACAGUCACCUCUGUAUGAAUUCUCAGUCAAGGAUUUGAGAAGUCCAAGAUUGUCUAAGGGGUUUACACACAACUUUUUCAAUUAAAUACUAUAUUGUGCUGCUU